AUGGAGAACCAGACGUUUGAUGAGGACGUUCUCCUGCUGGAGGGGUUAAAGGUCACCGCGCAGGCCUCUGUUCCCGCUUUCAUCCUCCUCCUCAUCAGUUACAUCUUCAUCCUGGUGUCCAACGUGGGCCUGGUGCUGCUGAUCCUCCGGGAGCGGAGCCUCCACCAGCCCAUGUACCUGCUCCUCUGCAACAUGAACCUUAACGACGUUCUGGGCGCCACCGUCAUCGUACCUCACGUGCUCCGGGACAUUUUCCUCUCCAGCGCCGAGCGGUACAUUCACUACAUGGAGUGUGCCGUCCAGGCGUUCUGCGUUCAUCUUCACGCCAGCGCCUCCCACACGGUGCUCAUGAUCAUGGCCUUCGACCGCUACGUGGCCAUCUGCAACCCGCUGCAGUACGCCACCGUCAUGACCAACAGGACGGUGGUGAAGCUGGCCGUGUCGGCGUGGGCGGUGGCCUUCGUCAUGGUGGCGAUCCUCAUCGGCCUCAGCGUCCGCCUGUCUCGCUGCCGGCGGUCCGUGCACCACCCGUUCUGCGACAACGCCUCGCUGUUCAAGCUGUCGUGUCAGAGCGUCCUCGUCAACCACGUCUACGGCCUGGGCUACACGGUGCUGCUGCUCGGCUCGUCCAUCGGCAGCGUGACGCUCACCUACCUGAGGAUCGCCGUGGUGUGCGUGAGCCGCCGGAGCCGGGCGCUGAACAGCCGGGCGCUGCAGACCUGCGCCACCCACCUGGCCGUCUACGUCAUCCUGCUGGUGUCGGGUUUCAUCAUCGUCGUCCUGCACCGCUUCCCUCAGCUCUCCAGCCACAGGAAAGCGGUGGCGGUCAUGGCCCACGUCGCCCUGCCCGCCCUGAACGCCGUCAUCUACGGGCUGCAGAUUAAAGAGGUCAGGCAGAGGAUCCUCUCUGUGCUCUGGAGGAAGAAAACGGCUCUGAUGGAUGUGAAAUGA